CUUCAGCAGGCGCCCCCGGGAGCUGAUUUAUUGGUGGUUUAUUUGGAGAAACGCUAUCGCUCUUAGAUUCCGGAGGGGGGAAAAAACACGCUCGCGGUGGACUUUAACCUUGGGCUGAAACCACAGCGCUUUGUUUUCAGAGGUGCUUCCUGGGGCGCCGCGGCAGGGCUGGGGCCUAGCGGGGGAAGCUCGGCCGGAAUGUGGCCCAGCAGCCUCUCCACUCCCAGGCUGCGCUUCUGCCUGCCCGGGCAAGCGCUCAAAUUCCUCUGUGCCCGGCCGGAAGCCCUCGGUCCCUCCAAAAGUCUCCUUGGGUGAGGGCAUCCUUGGAGAGAGGUUUCCAAACCCUCCCAUCCCAAGCCCCCGGCAUGUGCCACCCGCCGUUCGCAGUCGUGUCACUGGCAUGGUGAGGUUUUCGGGAGGCACCCAUGAAGGGCUGAAUGCUCCGGUUUCCGCGCACCUUAAGUCUGGAGCAAAACCCCGCUGGAGGUGGUUGGCUCCGAUCGCGCCCAUGGUUUGCUUGGCUGAUGUAAGACACCAGCGCGAAGGCCUGUUCCCGCCCCUCUGGCAGAGACAAACUAAGCGUUAUUAUUGCAAAUGCACCCUCUCUGGAUCUGCUCCCCACGACUGUUCGUGUGUCGAAACCGCCGCUUCCACCAGGCAGCCACAAGGGCGAGACCCAUUCCCGCUUUCCCCAUGGCUGUGCCAAAGCUCGCAGCCAACCAGGGCUCCAAGCCGGGACCCUGGUUGGAGAAAAUCCUGGGGCAUCCAGCGGCACGCAGGGUGGGAACCAGAUGAGCCCCCGCCUCCGCGCACGGUGCCCACAGUCACACCCCGCCUUGGUCCACCUGUGCUAAAAAACAACAACAAAAAAAGGCCCUUCAUGCGGCCGCAGAGGGCUCUGAGGAGGCACGAGAUGAAGGCAGGGUCCGCGGAGAGGUGGCAAGCUGAAUUCUGAGAAGCCGCUCUGACCCUGACCCUGGCGUCGCCCCUCCGUGGUGCAGGUGGCACCGGAGUUGGACUCAAGCGGAGAGCCGCACGCCCAUCCCAGUCUCACCGAGCCUUCCUAGGAGGAAAUGCCAGGCCCGGGCGCCCCUACCCCAAGGCGGUGAUCCUGUGAAGCUCGGGCCACCUCAGGGUCCAGCGCCCUCAGAGAUGGAUGGUGUUGGCACCGAGGGACGAGGCCGUUCCCUCUCUUUGGUGAACGGAAAAGCUCCUGGAGUGGUUCCCUGGGCAGUCUCGGGGUCCCCAGGCCGUGAUGGGGUGAGCAGGGUGCGCGGCGUGGCCCGGGACACGAGACCGACCCGGAGCACCCCGGCGUGAGCUGCGGGAAGGAGGGCCCGCCGGGAGAUUUAUGGCCGCAGCCGGCCCCCUGCGCACCGAGCGCGUCUCGGUCCUUUCCCAGCCAAACAGUGGAGUGGAGGACCCGACCCCGGCUGGAGGAAGAGGCCAGGGCCGGAGGCGGGGCCGAGAGGAGCUGGAAUCCAUCGGGGCUGGGCCUGGCGCAUCAGUCCCAAUUCUGCCCGCCUUGCGCCCUGGUCUCGGUGGGGUGUGGGGCGCUGGCGCCGCGUCCCUGGUCUUCCAGGCAGGUCCGGGCAGCUCCUGGCUGGGUUGGCCGGACCUCGACUUGGCGCUGUAUCACGGCCGGGCCUGUCGCAGCGAGGGGACGGCGAACGUGGCUUACCCGGGCACAGCCUCUCCGGGUUUUAGCCGCGCCCGCCAGACACGGGACCUGCGGAAACCGGCGCUUAAGACACCCAGCCACACGGCCUCUGAGCCGGCAGCAGAAGCUGGCAAUCCCUGGGGGUGCCCUUCAGCGAGAUGCCAGUGGAGAGUGGGAGCUUCGGUCCCCACCUGGAAAGGCGGUUGGCGCGACGGGUGGAGUGACUCGGGUGGCCGCGCCAAGGGAAGGAUACUGGCUUUUUCUUCCCCCGCUGGGGGAGGGAUAAGGGGAGAACGUGUCCAAGCGGCCAGAAACACCAGAAUUUGGGAAGAACCGGGUUCAACGCCGAAUUGAGAGGCCGUGUGAUCGCAGGAGCUGCACCAGCCCGGUGUAGGGGGCCGAGCCUGCACCAACAAAAGCGCGACAGGGGUGACGGCCAGGCUCAAGGUUGGCCUGUCCUUUGGUUUUAAAACAAAGAGGGAGAAUUUUGUCAGUUGGGAGGCGUCCAGGGAGCGGAGGCCGGAGCCAGCGGCCUAGGAACACAGGAAAGGCCUCGGCUCCGGUGGCCCAGGCUGGCCGCGGAGAAGCACGCUGGGCCGGGCCUCGGCUAGCCAGGGCAGAUUCUCCCGCAACUGCUGCUUGGGGCAACAAGGAAGACCACCCCCCCAGCCGAUUUUCUACCCAGUCAGUAAAACACACACACACACACACACACACACACACACACACACACACUCACUUUCACUCAGUUGCGUCCAGUUUUUGGCCACCUAUCCCGCUGGGUAAACAAAAGUAUGAGGGGGUGGGGAGGGGAUGGAAUGGGGGUGGGGCGCGGAAGAUGGCGGCUGGACCUGAUGUCCUAUGGCCUGUGCCCUAUGGCCACGGCGCCCAGUCUUGGUUUUUACAUUUCAAUGUGGCCCGCCAGACUGGGGAGGGCGUUUCCCUGGACCCUGAAGCCUAGUUAGGGAUGUCCUAGAGGCUCCCCUUUACGAACGGGGGCACCCGGGCUGCACCCACUACUACUUCGCUUGGGAUCGGUCCUCCGCCCCAAGAUGGCUCCCAGUCGCUGUUUACUCAGCCACUGCAGGGACACCAGGGCGCGGGGCCGAGGAGCGGGCGAAGAUCAGGGAGCGUACAGAUUAGCCCGGGCAGGCGGCCUCUCCGCGUGGCCCGCCCGCACCCCCAAGCACGCGGCAGCCCUGGAAAACCGCGUGGGCAGGAUCCGUCCUGGCCGCCCCGCCUGGUGGCCAGGAACUGGGAGCCACCGCCACCACCGCGUCCCCAGGCCCUGCGCCCCCGGCCGGACUCCGGUGGCUGCAGGACUGCGCAAAUAUGGAGUGGGUGCCAGGGGCAGGUAUAGAAGGGCCGGUGCGAGGGGGCUGGGCGCAGAGGGAAGGGGACCUCCUCUGCCCCGAAUCGCGGGCCCUAAUUAAAUACCGGCUGGGUUCGUCACACCGCCGAGGCGCACACUUGAAAAAUGCAAACGCCAUUGGCAAAUCCAGGAAAAACAGGCAGAACUUUUAUUAGCAACUAAAUGAUUUAUGGCACAGGUACCCCGCCGUCACAAUUACGGCGUCUCGGAGCAUCCAGGGGGUGAAAACAUUAAACAUUUAUAAAA